AUGUCUUCUAGCCCAGUUUCUGCGAGUCCCCGAGUUCUUAACCUUCUGCAAAAGCUCCACGCUACUUCCUCGGCCCAAGAAUCCUCUUUUUCUCUCACAGUUUUCUGGAUCUUUAAACUUUUUCGUGAUCGAUUCGCCAAGAAUAAAUGGAGCUCCCAAGACGAUGAUUUCAUGAGGGAUAAAUUUAUCGCUCUGGAGCCUGACAAAUGCCACUUUCUAUACCUCCUCGCAAGGACUACCGGUGCUUUGAACGUCGUUGAAGCUGGAACAAGCUUUGGCGUGUCAACUAUUUAUCUGGCUCUCGCCGUAGCACAGAAUGCUGCUGCAAAGCAAAUCAGUGGCCCAAUUGUGCCUGGCCUUACUGGAAAAGUGAUUGCCACAGAGAAGGAGCCUCACAAGGCUAAAAGAGCAAGGGAAUACUGGAAAGAAGCUGGAGAUGAAGUGGAACCUUGGGUGACUUUGCUGGAGGGUGAUUUACGUGAUCUCCUUCCUGCAGAGGUGAAUAAGACAGAGCAAAUUGAUCUUCUUCUUCUGGACAUUUGGACACCAAUGGCACUGCCUGCUUUGAAGGCUGUUCAGCCAAAAUUACGUCAAGGGGCUCUUAUCAUUGCCGACAACACUGUCAUGUCACGGGCAGGCUACCAGGAAUUCUUUGAUUAUAUCAACGCUCCAGACAGCGGUUUUAAAACGAUGACUACACCAUUCAAAGGGGGGCUUGAAGUUGUAGUGUAUUUGCCGGGAGACUUGGCUUGA